AUGGGGGUCGAUUACUACAAGGUUCUUCAAGUUGAUCGAAGCGCUAAAGAUGAAGAUUUGAAGAAAGCUUAUCGCAAACUCGCUAUGAAGUGGCAUCCCGACAAGAACCCUAACAACAAAAAAGAAGCAGAAUCCAAAUUCAAACAGAUCUCUGAAGCUUACGAUGUAUUGAGCGAUCCUCAGAAGCGCGCAAUCUACGAUCAAUACGGUGAAGAAGGUCUGAACAGUCAAGCUCCGCCUCCUGGCUCCGGCAGUUUCCCUGGUGGUUCAGAGUCCGGAGGGGCUUCGUUCAGGUUCAACGGUAGAAGCGCUGAUGACAUCUUCUCGGAGUUCUUUGGCUUCUCAAGACCCUUUGGUGGGGACCCACGUGGCGCAGGUCCCCCUGGUGGGUUCAGGUUCGCCGAGGACGUGUUCUCUUCUUAUAGGUCAGCUGCAGGAGAAGCCUCUAAUGCUCCACCGAGGAAAGCUGCUCCUAUAGAGAGACAGCUUCCUUGCAGCUUGGAGGAUUUGUAUAAAGGUGUUACUAAGAAGAUGAAGAUCUCUAGAGACGUCCUUGAUUCGAGCUGGAGACCUACAACGGUGGAAGAGAUUUUAACGAUAGAGAUCAAGCCAGGAUGGAAGAAAGGGACGAAGAUAACUUUCCCUGAGAAAGGAAACGAGCAUAGAGGAAUCGUACCAUCAGAUCUUGUAUUCAUAGUUGAUGAGAAGCCACACGCUGUGUUCAAGAGAGACGGUAACGACCUUGUGAUCACGCAGAAGAUCCCUCUCGUGGAAGCACUUACUGGCUACACUGCUCAGGUCACGACUUUGGAUGGGAGGACGGUGACUGUUCCGGUCAACAACGUGAUCAGCCCUUCGUAUGAAGAGGUUGUGAAAGGAGAAGGGAUGCCUAUUCCUAAAGACCCAUCAAAAAAGGGGAAUUUGAGGAUUAAGUUCAAUGUUAAGUUCCCGUCGAGGCUGACAACAGAGCAGAAGUCUGGAAUCAAACGGAUGUUUUCGUCUUGUUAGAUGAUUUAGUUUUUUUAAAAAGUGUCUCUGUACACUCUUUCUGCUACGUUUGGUUUCAGGUGUGUGGUCGUGAAGUCAUUAACUAUGUAGCUUUCACUUUGCAGUUAGGAUUUGGUUUUGGGGUUUUAGUUUAUUGUUUUUUGUUAUUUGCUUAUAAGUGUUGUUAGAUUGAAUAAAAUAUCUAAUAAGUAAAGGUUCUUUGCCUAUUUUUUUAAUGUUAU